CGAUUUUUCUUCACCAUAAACAAAUUCCCGCAAAAUACACAGCCUCAAAUCCAAAAUCUCUUGGCGGACGGAUCCAUUUUGAGUUCUUCUUAAACGAUCAUGAUCCUCUGUUAUACUUUCCUGCUGCUUUUUCCAUGGCUCUCCUCACUUUCCCGCGUUUUCCUUCGCUUUCCUACUCGCCAAUCGGCCGGCCCUUUUCUCAAACUCGAUGCUAUUGCUCCUUAUCCAGGAUGAGAAUGACGGCAAGUAGUACCAGAGAUCACAAUGGUACGGCUAUUCUCUGGUUCAAGCACGACCUCCGUGUCGAUGAUCACCCAGGCCUUGCUGCAGCAUCGAAGUUUCGGGCAUUGGUUCCUGUUUACAUCUUCGAUCGCCGGAUUCUUUCCCGUUUUUCUGAUGAAAUGUUAGAAUUGGUUCUAUUUGCUGUGAAAGACUUGAAGAAGUCGUUGAAGGAUCAGGGCUCUGAUCUAAUGAUCAGGUUCGGCAAUGCUGAGAGUGUUAUACAAGAACUUGCAAGAGAGGUGAAAGCUACUUGUGUAUUUUUGGAAGAGGAGGUAGAGUAUGAACUACGCUUAAUGGUGGAUGUUGUCAAAGAGAAGUUGAAAUCCAUGAUAAUUCCGGAGGGUAGCCUGAGGAUUGAAAUGUGGCAAACUCCAUUUUAUGACAUAAAGAGUUUGCAAAAUCUUCCUUCAUCAUAUGAAGCCUUUAUGAAACUCCAAUUACCAAUAACUACACCAGUUCAGCUAUCCAAGUUGCCUGCAGCUGAAAUGGAACUGGACUGGGGUGGUCCUCUUCCCUUAUGUGAUGAUAUAAAGGAAUUCAUGGGUAUCAAUCCAAAAUCGAAUUGGACUCAAAUCAAGGAGACAUCUGCUGAAACUUUACUGCAGAGGAAAGAGUUAAUGACUAGCCAUAGCAGUGACAGAAGUUCAAGUUUCAAGGACAUGAAAGCAAGAACAGUGCAUCAAUCAGUUUUUAUCACGCAGAAAGGAAAUGUUGUUGGGGGUGGAACAAACAAUGUAUUAAAUGCAUUGGCUGCAUAUUUACGAUAUUUGGAGGGGACAGCUCGAGAUGACUGGCAAGAGGUACAUGAAAAAGUACGUGCUGCUGAAAGUCGCGAUGGAGCAUCAUUUAUUGGACUCUUUAGUGCUGCCUUGUGUCUUGGCAUUAUAUCUAGAAGAAGAGUGCAUUUUGAAGCUAUCAAAUAUGAGAAAGAGCGAAAUGCAGGAUUUAUUUCUCCUUUUGGAUAUUCAGCAGCCACAAUUGCAGCAGCAGUUGAUGCUGUGUGUUCAAUGGAGUGGUAUUGGCUUAUGGCGCUACGAAGUCAGGUAAAUAGUCAUGGAAUGCAUUCAAGACGGAUAUGGAGAUGGAAUGGUUACCUUAUUCAGUAUACAGUUGCUGGUGAAGAAGGCCCUGCCGUUCUCCUUGUGCAUGGUUUUGGUGCUUUCUGGGAGCAUUACCGUGACAACAUACAUUUUGUAGCUGGAGCUGGAAAUCGGGUAUGGGCGAUCACAUUGUUAGGAUUUGGCAGAUCGGAAAAGCCAAAUAUAACCUACUCUGAGGUUUUGUGGGCUGAACUGUUGAGAGAUUUCAUUGUUGAUGUUGUGGGUGAACCAGUCCACCUUGUUGGUAACUCAAUUGGUGGUUAUUUGACUGCUAUUGUUGCUCGAAGUUGGCAUGCUUUGAUCAAAUCUAUUGUCCUGAUUAACAGUGCAGGCAAUAUCAUUCCAGGAUACAAGUCGGUGCCACUAUCAAAAGAUAGACAAACUUCUGGGGCCUUCUGGUUGGGUUCUCGCCUUCUUCUAUUCUACCUGAGGCUAAGAAUUGAAGACCUAGUUAAGAAGUACUAUCCAACAAGAAUAGAGAGAGUCGAUAAUUGGCUCAUAAAUGAAAUGCUUAGAGCAUCAUAUGACCCUGGCGUGCCUGUGGUCCUGGAAAGUAUCUUCAGUUUCAAUCUUUCCAUCCCUCUGAACUAUCUUCUUGAAGAUGUUAAGGAGAAGGUUUUGAUUAUACAGGGAAUGAAAGAUCCACUUUCUGACUCUAAUUCCAAGGUGGCCAUGUUCAAAGAACAUUGUGAUGGAGCUAUGAUUAGGGAAUUAAAUGCUGGCCAUUGUCCUCAUGACGAGGUGCCGGAACAGGUGAAUCCCAUCAUUUGUGAGUGGAUUCUACGUAUGGAAAGUAAAAUUUUAGCAAACUUUCCGUUGUAGUAUUCACUUGUGGUGCCCUCUUAACUGUAUAUAUUGAUUGAUUUUUACUUUAAGAUUCUUGUGUAGAUUUGGUGUUUAUGCACCAAACCUUUACUCUGUAGAUUAAAUUGAGUCUUUAUGUUAUUACUGUGGGAAGAUCACUUUUCAAUGAAAUGAAAUUCAUUUCUGACAA